UUGGAUGCUGAUCACGAUCUGCUAGUUCGCCUGUGAGGCGAGUAUAGUUGAUUGCCUAUUACCUACGGCUCUGAUGCAUGUUAGCUAGCUAGCUAGCUGUACAUCGAAGAAGAUGGCAUCCUCUGAACAACCUGAACACCAAAUACAGAAUGGCUCAUCCAUCAGAGAAGACGCCACUACGCGGGAAGCUUUGAUUGCAACAGCAGUUAAAUUUCUGCAGAACCAGAAAGUUCGUCAGAGUCCCUUGGCCACCCGAAAAGCAUUCUUGAAGAAGAAAGGUCUGACAGAUGAGGAAGUGGAGCAGGCCAUCCAGCGCGCGGGCGUCACGGACGAGCCGCAGGCCUUGGCCCCCACCCCCUGGGGCCCCCCCCACCUCAUACACCCCUCCCAGCUGGCCCCUAUACCACACAGUGCUCCAGGGUACAGAUGGAGAGACUACGGCGCUCUGGCCAUCAUCAUGGCUGGCAUGGCCUUUGGCUUUCAUCACCUCUACCGGAAGUACAUCCUUCCCCUCAUUAUGGGCAGCCGCGAGGACAAGAAGCAUCUGCAGCGCAUGGAGGCCAGCAUGGCGGAGAUGAGUGGCACGCUGACACAGACAGUCACCCAGCUGCAGGUGACCCUGGCCUCGGUGCAGGAGCUGCUGGUGCAGCAGCAGCAGAAGAUCCAGGAGCUGUCUAACGAGCUGACCACCUGUCAGGCCUCCUCCACCACCAAUCGCAUGCUGGAGUCCCAGACUGUUAAUGAGCUGAAGGCGGAGAUAGCGUCCCUCAAAGGCCUUCUCCUGAGCAGGAGACAAUUCCCAGCGUCCCCCUCCGUCCCCAAGAUCCCCUCCUGGCAGAUCCCACUGAAGCCCACCUCCCUGUCCAACCCGCCGUCGCUCAACCACACCAACAGCAGCAGCGACAUCUCCCCGGUCAGCAACGAGUCGGCCGGCUCCUCGCCGAUCAAGGACUCCCACAGCGCCGCGGCCACGCCCUCGGGCUCGCACAUCCUCAACGGGGAGCCCGGCUUGGGCGCCAUGCUUCCGCUGGACCUGAAGGACCAGGUGCGCAUGGAGGUGCAGGGCGAGGAGGAGAAGAGGGAGGAGGUGGAGGAGGAGGACGAGGACGAAGACGAGGAAGAGGAGGAUGACGACGACGUGACCCGGGCGGACGAGGAAGAGCACCUGAGCGUCCAGACGGAGGACAGGAGGGGAGGGGACGGACAGUUCCACGAGCAGGUGGACAAGCUGCGGCGCCCGGAGGGAGCCAGCAACGAGAGCGAGGUGGACUAGAACACACACACACACACACACACACACACACACACACACACUCAAACAAACACAUGUAUAUAUACUCUCGCUUACUCACAUUGCCACAUACAAACCAAUGCCAUAAUGGUCCUGCUCCGCUUCCAAUUUACGUGUGUUGUGUGUCUCCUAGACUGGCCUACCCUCGUCCUCCUCACACUCACACACUCACCCCCAGUGUGCAGUGUGUCGGAGGAGAGAGAACAGCGAAAAACCUUCCGUCCUUCUUAGGAGUCGUGGCUCAACAUCCUCUUUUUCUCUUUUUUAAUCUUUUUUUUUUUUUUUUUUUUUAAAUCGUCAUGCAGCAUAACAGCCAUAACAGCACAAAGUUUAUUGCAUGUCUGGGCAAGAAGCGAGCGCACACUGUGGAAUUCAGCCCACAGUAUGAAUGAGAGAGGGGGACGGAGACUGGAGAAGAAAGAACAUGUUUCACUUCAACGGUUAGAUCAACACCAAGCCCUAUUUUUCUUUUUUUUUUUUUAGUUUCUGGGUUUGUUUGAGUGCAUCUCGCUGAUGGUUAUCUGCACGCACCGCACAUGUCCAGAGCAUCCACUGCUUACCAUCUCGGGUCACCUUAUGAUGUGUAAUUACUAGCGCUGUCUACUCUAAAUGUAACAUUAUACUCUGCUAGUAAAACAAACUAUAAUGUUUAACACAGACUGAAGAGGCUAUAUAUAUAUAUCUAUAUCUAUAUAUAUAUAUAUAUAUAAAUGCCUAACGAUGGACACCAAAGAGUAAAUGUACAUUUCACUUCGCUCCCUGGGGACACAGCUCAGCUUGUUUGUAUUUUCAUCACUUUUAAUGGUAACAUGUAAGGGUAAGACGCAUGCAAAGGACAUUAUCACAUAUUGUUGGUCACCUGCAUCACCAGUCUGCGGUGAGCUUUAUGUUAUGUCUGUGAUACAAUAGGCCUUUUUCUGCUUUCUGUAAGGACAUCAAAAAUAACGUCACGGUGAUCUCUGAGGGUGAUUUUUUUUGUUUUCUCUUUGUGUUAUUGUUUGGGUGGGGAGCGGAAGGGGGAUGAUGGGGGCAGGUUGACCGUGUGUGUGUGUGUGUGUGUGUGUGUGUGUGUGUGUGUGUGUGUGUGCCCUAGCGUGUGUAUUGGAGCGUGCACACACACACAUUCACUGUAGGAGCGAGGAAGAUAAAUGCUGUUUUUUAUGGGCUCCUUCUUCUCCCUCUCUCUCUCCCUCUCUCUCUCUCUGUCUUUCUCUCCCUCCCUCUCUCUCUCUCUCUCCGCACACAGGGCUGAGGAGAGCAGCGGCUGGCGGCUCCGCUGCGUCCCGGCAGUCUCCAGCAGGGCGGGCUGAUUUGGUUUAUGAAGUCUGUUAAUAAUCAAAUGAUCA